CCGCCGCAUCAGUUUUCGCCAGGUGGCGCUGCGACUCGGCGGCAGGACGCGAACAACACUUCAUGCUGGAGAAGGCACGCAAGGUCCAGAAGCGGGCGGGGGGAAGCGUGGUGGGCGUGAAGGAGGGGAAAAAGGGGGAAAAUGUAGCCAUCGUGAACAAUCCCUUGUUGGCGCCGCUCGCCGUCGUGGAGGUCAUCGUCACGGCGGGGAUCUGCGCCCUCAAUUACUGCCUCAGGUAUGACGAGUACUUGCGCGAGGGCUGCAGCAUGGUCACCUGGGAAGGGGUGAGGUUCUCCUGCAGCCAAGUGCCCGACGUUUCAUACCCUGCCUACAGCGCUUCAGACGCGGCUACGUCUUCGGUUCAGUUCGCUCUCCCUGAGUCGGUCUUCUUCUCGUGCGCCAUCGUGGUUCCCUUGGGCCUGAUGUUGGUGGUCGAGGCUGUCAAGACACAGUAUCCAGUCCGGAGAGUAAAGACUGUGACAUCACUUGGCCUAAAACUGCCGCCAUACGUACGCCGUGUUCUGAGAUUCAUAUGCACCUUCAUGCUCGGGGGCGCGGCCACGGGGUGUUUCGUGUCUGUGCUGAAGCUACUCAUAGCCUCCCCUCGCCCUUCUUUCCUCGCCCUCUGCCAACUCAACACCACCAUCUGCAGCUCCUCCUUCGUGUGGGCUCCUCACGGCUCCUGCGAGGCGCCCCCCGCGGUCGUGCACGAGGCGCUGCGCUCCUUCCCGUCCUACCGCGCGGCGCUGGCCGUCUACUGCGGCGUGUGGACGUCGGUGUACCUGACCCGCGUGGCGCGAGUGAAGGGCGUGUACAGCUCGUCCAUGGUCAUCGUCGGGGCAGUUUGGGUGAUGACGGCGAUCGGCCUCGGCCACGGGCUCUUCACCUACCAGUCAUCGUACUCUGACGUCAUCGCAGGCGGUCUCAUCGGCGCCGGAGGAGCUCUGUACAUGAUCUUCGGUCUCCUGAAUGGCUUCAGAGAGAAGAAAUGGAAAGUGAGCGUCAUCAAGAGGCGGUCCCUCCAAGCCCAAGGAAAUUCUAACCUCAUGCCCAUGGUCCCUCUGGCUGGCUCCGAUUUACCCGCCAAGCCGGACGUGAUCAACAUGGACGACAUGGACGAGAGCGACGAGGACUCUUCGGGCGAGGAGAGUGACGAAGGCUUGUACAACCGCCUGGCUUUUAGCACUGACUCCUUCCCCAUCAUCCCGCGCGCUGCUAGUCGUCCCCUGUCCCUAAUCAGCGCCGUGAACCCCAGGGAGAGUUCGCCCGCGCAGGCCGUCAACUCCGUCGUGGCGAAUUCCCCUCCGCCCCCGCCCCCUCCCCCUCCGCCCCCGCCGCCGCCGCCCACCGGGCCGCCCCCCAGCUACUCCCGGCCGGCCGUGUCCCCGUGGGGUACCUCGCAGACCAGGCCCUACAACGUGCCCAGGCAAAGGUACUCCGCCCCGGCGCCCACCCCUCGCGCCCCGGCCUACGACCUCAGGUACGACGACGCAUACAACCGGAGGGACGACUACGCCAGGACGCACCGGCUGCGGGACUCGGACACUCUCCCCCGCGCGCGCACCGAGACGUCGUCCUAUUUCUGAGGCGCUCCGGUGGUCCGCUGGAUUUUUAUCACAGGUCUACUUUUCAUGGAGUUCUUGCCUUUGUUAAAGUUCACUUGUCAGAUGCGUUUUGCAUUUAGUUAUGCAUCGCCUAGAUUUAAAAAAAAACAGACAACCAGUAUGCUUUCACACACAUGUAGAAAUGGACAAGCAUAGGCAUUCAUAAAUAUACAAACGUAUACUUACAUAUAAAUACAUGCUUACAUAUAUACAUAUAAAUGUAGUUCUGACCCCGUGCAGUGUCGUAAUGGAAAAAUUACUUUAACUUGGACAAGCAGUUAAAUGUAAAAAAAAAAUGUUGAUUGCAAUAUGCUCUCUUUGUUCUGUGUUUGCUAAUUCCAUUUAUUGUCUCUUUUUCAUAAUGACCUUUUUUCUAUAGUUUCAUAGAAAGUGCAAACUCUCGUAGCGUCCACCAUACCGUUCUCCCGAAAGUUAAAUAAUGAAUAAAAAUUCCUCACGCUUUGUAGAUAUGUUUCCGAAUUUUAUUUUUCAUCAGCUUACCUUUUCUCUCUCUCUGUGUGACGCUCCGAGAGGAAAGGGUUAACAGUAGAAGUAUAAUGACUUGUGUGAUCGUCUCGCAACCGUGAUUCGUCGUGUUUGAUUGACUCAUUGUAUGAUUGACUGUCAGAUUAGGAUUAGUUUGACAUCUUUAAAGUUGCAUUAUCAAAGGUACACAAACUUUUCUGUAAAGAUUGUUACUCGUACCAUAUAUUUAUUAACUAGUUGUCAGUAUGGUAGGCUUCCGUUGUCCAAAUCAUUUUAAUGUAAAUGUCAUUAAUAAAAGAAAUAUUAUG